AUGUGGCCCAACUCUGGCGGCUCUGCUGGGAGCAACGACACAACCCAGUCAAGGCAAGCGACCAAGUCGUCCAACCAGGUCGCUCGACCCGCGCUGCACCUUGACUUCCCGAGGUCGGAGGCCGACUCGCCCAGGAGGCCCGCAGCACCCUGGCCGACCCCGCGGCCCCCGGAUCGGCCGAGGGACAGGGCCUCGGACGCCGCUGGGGGAGCGCCCGAGCAGGACGAGGAGGAGGAGGAGGAGGACGACGGCGAGGAGCCUGCGCGCCCCAGGAACAGGAGCACGAAAGUCUCGCUGUGA